AUGGCUUCAUUUAGAGCAUCAUUUGAAAAGGAAUUAAAGUAGAGAUUGACUUAAAAGUCAACUUCUCACAGCAGCGAUGAAGCUGUUUUGCUCAAAAGUUUUAAGUACUUUGAUUUAGAUAACAGCGGAAAUGUGGAUCAAAGCGAAUUUAUUAAGGUUGUUGAAAAAAUUGGUAUCCCCAUCUUCAAUAAAUAAGACUUUAUUGAUUUGUUCAACUAUUACGAUGUUAAUGGUGAUGGUAGACUUGACUACAAGGAAUUUUCAGCCAUGAUUUUCGGAUAUAGUACUGCAGUUACAAGAAAAGAUUCUCCUAAAAAGCCUUCAAGUAUGAAAAGAGCUAAUGACUAUUUCUAAGGGCACACUUAGCAAGAUGCUGUUACUCGUUUCUAAGAAAAGUUACGUUCAAGAGGGGCUACUGGCAUUUUGGGUAUUGCACGUUAAUUCAAGAUAUUUGAUGAUGAUAACUCUAGAACAUUAGAUAUUUAAGAGUUUACAAAGGCCGUUAAGGAUUUCAGAGUAGAAUUAUCAGAAUAAGAAAUUUAAGAUGUAUUUGACUACUUUGAUAGAAAUAGAGAUAAUGUUAUUAAUUAUGAUGAAUUCUUGCUAGGAAUUAGAGGUCCUAUGAGUCAAAGCCGUAGAAAAUUGGUUUAAUAAGCUUUUGCCAUUCUUGACAAAGAUGGUUCUGGUAUUGUUGACAUUAAUGACAUCAAAGGUACUUAUAACGCAAAGUUCCAUCCUGAUGUUAGAAGUGGAAAGAGAACUGAAGAAUCAGUAUUGCUUGAAUUCAUAAGCACUUUUGAAACUUAUGUUGGCUUUAGAGGUAUCAGAGAUAACUAAAUUACUCCUUAAGAAUUUGAAGACUAUUACACCUUUAUCAGUGCAUCAAUUGAUAGAGAUGAUUACUUCGAGUUAAUGAUGAACAAUGCUUGGAGAAUGAACGAAGGUGCAAAUAAAAAUUGGAACACUAAAGGAUGGGCUUCUAACUCUCAAUAAAAUUAAAAUUUAUAAUCUGCUUACAGAUAAAAGUUUGACCAACCUUCUAAUUAACACACUCCUUAUUCUAUUAGAUAACAAGAACAAUAACAAACUCCUUAAAAGAGCGUCCGCAGUGGUGUUUAAAGCUAAUAGCAAACUCCUCCUUAAAGCUAUUAGAGAAAUAACUACGAAUAAGAAGAAAAAGUCAAGAGAUCUGGAAAUCAAUAACAAUAGCCUUUAUUCUCUCAACAAAAUUACAACAACUAGCGUCCUUAAUAGUCUGUUACAUUUGAUGUCAGAGAUUUAAUGACCAAAGUUAGAAAUAAACUAAAAACCAGAGGCACUAGCGGAUUACUUGGAAUCUAACGUCAAUUCAGAAUAAUGGAUGAUAACUUUGAUAAGUGCAUCAGCUAUCCUGAGUUCAGAAAGGCCAUGAAUGACUACAAGAUGAAUCUUACUGAUGAAGAAAUGUAAGCCCUCUUCUAAUACAUUGAUAUGAAUGGUAACGGAGUCAUCGAAAUAGAUGAACUAGUUAGAAACUUACAAGGAGAAAUGAAUGAUUUCCGUAGAGGUUUAGUUGAUUAAGCCUUUAACAAGAUUGAUAAGAAUAAAGAUGGUACUUUAACUGUCAACGAUAUUAAGGGAGUUUAUAGUGCUAAAAAUCACCCUGAUGUUAGAAGUGGUAAAAAAACUGAAGAUGAAGUUUUAGGUGAAUUCCUUGAAACUUUUGAACUCCACCACCAUUUGAAGGUUGGUAUGAGAGAUCAAAAAGUUUCUAGAGAAGAAUUCCACGAAUAUUACAACAAUGUUUCUGCUAAUAUUGAUAACGACUAAUACUUUGAAUUAAUGAUAGUCAAUGCAUAUAGACUCUAUCAAGACAAUCCCUCCUAAUAUUAGUAAUACGCUCCUGCUAACUACAAAAAUCAAGAAUACAGAGUUGGUGGACCUUAAGAAUUCAGAUCUAAGACUACCUAAAAUGCACCUUUCGGAACUUCUAAUGCCCCUACUGAUUACUCUACUAGCUUACGUCCUAAGACUGGAAAUACUAGUAAUUUGAACUUAUAAAAAUCAGCUGUUUACUCUUAACCAGCUGGUAACCCUUCAUGGCCUGGAUAUAACUGGCGUCCAUAAUCCUCUCACGGAUAAUCUAAUCCUGUUGUUGAAGAGUAGGAUGAAAGAGUUAAACGUGCUGGCAGAAAUGUUCAAACCUAAGGCUCAUAAUAAUAAUCAGAAACUUAAUCCGUCUAGUAAAGCCAAUAUAGCUAAUAAUAAUAAAGUAAUUACUCUUAGUUGAACAGUGAAGAAUUAUUCCAAACUUUCAGAAAGAAAUUAACUUCUCGUGGAACUAGAGGAAUUUUGAGCUUAGGAAGACUCUACAGAAUUAUUGAUGAUGAUGGAAACAGAUCAAUUAAUUUCAAUGAAUUCAGCAAGGUUUGCAAGGAUCUCCGUGUUGGUCUUAAUGAGUAAUAAGUAGCAUAACUCUUCAAGCUUUUCGAUAGAGAUGGAUCAGGAAGUAUUGAUUAUGAUGAAUUCAUUAGAGCCGUUAGAGGUUCUAUGAAUAAAUUCAGACUUGAUCUAGUUCUUGCUGUUUUUGCUAAAUUAGAUAAAAAUAGAAACGGAGUUAUUGAAGUUGACGAUAUUUUAGGCGUUUACGAUGCUAGCAAGCACCCUGACGUAAGAAACAGAAAGAAAACAGAAGAAGAAGUUUUAGGAGAUUUCUUAGACACAUUCGAACAACAUCAUGCAAUCCAAACUGCCAACAAUAAAGGAAGAGAUAAAUCUGUUACUGUUGAUGAAUUUGUUGAAUAUUACAAUAACGUUAGUGCUUCUAUCGAUGACGACUAAUACUUCGAGCAUAUGAUCCGCUCUGGUUGGAAAAUUUGA